ACUGACUGUGACCUACAAUCUAUUUCUCAUAAGUUGCUUGUACACCUGUCAAUCCCAAGCAGAACAGGUGGAUCAUGCAUGCACGCUUUGUGUUGAUGGAAUUGACCCAACACUCUCGAGUUUGGACGUAACGCAACUAGCACCUGAAGCCGCUAUUAUACUCGGCGUAAGCGUAUUACAUUGCGGUUACCUUGAUAGUGUUAUAAAGAAAUUUCUAAGCUCCAGAUCUGACGAAUGCUCACAAAUUCGUUUGUUGUCGGAGCCUUGUGGAUGCCCACAAACUUCCGUUGACACCCUUAACCGUUCUAGCAGUACGCUCACGAUUGAGAACUCAAUCCCUCCGAGUGGCUCAGUAGCGACAGUGGAGGAGCGUUCUCAACUAAGAUGCAAGAUGUGUCCCGAAGGGCAAUCAAUAGUAGAUGCUAAUUUCGUCGUGCAUACCUUUGCUGACUAUGGCCUGAAUCCCUCGGCAUGCGGCGACACGGCACGAUCUAGCAUUUUUUUUCCACAAGACUCGUCUCCUUGCGAAUUCCUGCAAACCGUUGGAGCAUUCCAAUGCGGUUGCGUGGAUGACUUUCUAUACAUGAACGCCAAAUCCAAAACUCAGACAGCGAUUCUGGCUUGGAUGCCAAGAAUUUCUGGUCCGCUUAGCGUCUUCGGAUCAUUCUACAUCAUUGUAGAUAUUUUCAAAAGAACGGGCACUUUAACAGUUUAUCAAGAGCUCAUGCUCUUCAUGAGCGCUUUUGAUGUUAUAUCCUCAGUUGCUAUAAUGUUUUCGACUUUGCCUAUCCCAGAAUUUAACGGGUAUGGUGAGCCAUCAGGAAUUUACGGCGCUAGGGGGAACGACGCAACUUGCAAGACACAAGGAUUUUUCAUACAGCUCGGCUACACAGGUAAGUGUUUGGUAUAGGAAAACAGAGAAUGAUCGAAUGAGACUCAUCUGAAACGAGACUACGUGCUAUUUCAGGUACCUACUACAACCUAGCUCUUUCGAUCUAUUACUUGCUGGUGAUAAAGUAUGGCUGGAGAGAGGUUCGCAUAAGAAGCAUCUCCAAAUGGUUUCAUCUCCCACUCCUGGUUGGUGUGCCGUUGGCAUUCGCUGGCGUUUCGUUGUACGGCAGCGUUACAACUCAUUGCUAUGUAUUGUAUCCGCCGUUUGCGAAUGGUUUUGGCGCCAUAUCAGUCUUUCUUAUAGGUCUCAUCAGCUUGGUGAUCUGGGGGGCAACAAUCAAUAUGUUAAUUGUGUAUUGCCAAGUACGACGGGUCGAUAGCGUCGGCAACAAUUGGAGAAUGUUCUCAUCUGUACACAGCAGCUCUGCUACGAAAAAAAAAUGGAGAAUGCGAUAUUUUGGCAAAGCGUCUUCUAUCUUGGAGCGCUUUACCUAUCUUGGCCAAUUUUGCUUGUCUCGAAUUUUUCGUCCUUGUACAAAGGGUCGUUGUACUUUCCGUACGCCCACUGGGUUGUUGCGACGUUUUUGUGUCCUUUGCAAGGCUUUUCAAAUUUUGUUGUUUAUGCGAGGCCAAGACUCCUCAGUAGGUAUCGAAAGAAGCAACGAAGAAACGGUUCAAAGCUGCCUCAUGGACAGAACAGAGACGAACUGUGUCCUAGUGAUGAGAUCUUAACAGGUGGAUUCCGGUCUGCAGACGUGUUAUCAAAUCUCACUAAGCAAGCGAAGGUGGAUGAAACAGAGCCGACGG